UUGUGGAAUGAGCUUAUUUUGUUUCCUCCUUUUCUUUUCCAGAUCGACCACUACGCCCAGAGGGACCUGAAGAAGGGGCUCCAGUUGUUUGGCACCGAGGGAAACGUGGGUCUGACCAACGCCUGGAUGAUCGUACAGACCGAUUUUCGUUGCUGUGGCGUCACCAACCACACGGACUGGUUCGAGGUUUAUAACGCCUCCCGCGUGCCGGACUCCUGCUGCCUGGAGUACAGCGACAACUGCGGGCUGGACAACCCGGGGACCUGGUGGACGGCGGUGAGUCCUCUAAAAUUAAUCCUUGUUUUGUUUGUUUUUUUACUUUGUUCUGGUUUUGUUGUUUUAGCUCUUUUACAUUCAGAUUAA